GCCUCGCGAAGCUUUCCGAGUUGUCCUCGUUUGACUUUGGUGGCUGCUUUUCUAACAUCUCUCCAGAAAUAUCCUCACCAGAACAAUUCGUCAAAAAAACACCUAGAGCACAUCUGUCACAAUGCCGAGCGUAUACCCAGGACUCGAUAUCCUCCAGAACACGUUUGGUAGUUCAUACAAGCCCAAAACCAAUGGCGCGACUCCUCUCCAGGCCCGCACCGAUCUUUAUCCCGCAUACUCGAUAGUCGACGAUGCGAAGAGCAAGGCAAAGAAACUGAGCGCUGAAGCCGCUCACGAGUUUGACGUUGCCAGCCAAAAGGCCCAGGCCAAGACUGGACACAUUGAGCUGUACUCCUCCCAAUACUAUGCCGCAUGCACAUUCGGUGGCUUGAUGGCCUGUGGCAUCACUCACACUGCGGUAACACCGUUGGAUCUUGUCAAGACGAGACGCCAAAUCGACUCGAAGCUGUACAAGGGCAACUUCCAAGCUUGGGGUCACAUUCUCAGGCACGAAGGUGUUCGCGGCAUCUACACCGGUUGGAGUCCGACCUUCUUCGGUUACUCGGCCCAGGGUGCGUUCAAGUAUGGCUGGUAUGAGUAUUUCAAGAAAAAGUAUUCGGACCUCGCUGGUCCCGAAAACGCGCACAAGUACAAGACAGCACUGUACCUGAGCGCGUCCGCCUCGGCAGAAUUCUUGGCCGAUAUUGCGCUCUGCCCCUUCGAGGCCAUCAAGGUCCGCAUGCAGGGUACCAUUCCGUCGCAGUACAAGGGCACCUUUGAUGGCUUCAGCCAGAUCACGGCCAAGGAAGGCUGGGGCGGUCUCUACAAGGGUCUCUACCCUCUCUGGGGUCGCCAAAUCCCUUACACCAUGAUGAAGUUCGCUUCGUUCGAGACCAUUGUUGAGAUGAUCUACAACCGUCUGCCCGGUGCCAAGAGCGACUACGGCAAGGCUGCCCAGACCGGAGUCUCCUUCGUUGCUGGUUAUGCUGCCGGUAUCCUCUGCGCCAUUGUGUCUCACCCUGCCGAUGUCAUGGUCAGCAAGCUCAACGCCUACCGCAAGCCCGGUGAGGGAAUGGGUGCCGUCACUUCGAGAAUCUACAAGGACAUUGGCUUCAAGGGUCUCUGGAAUGGUCUGCCAGUGAGAAUUGUCAUGAUUGGUACCCUUACCGGUCUGCAGUGGAUGAUUUAUGACUACUUCAAGGUCUUCAUGGGUCUCCCUACCACUGGUGGUGCCGCACCCCCUGCGGAGAAGCCCGCGCAGCACUCUUGAGCUGUCAUAGAGAAUGAGUGAUGAUGGUGGAACGGAUCAGGGCAUCUUUAAUGUUGGAGUUUAGCCUGGAGUUACAGAUGCGUCUUGUGUGUUUUAUAUCCUAGCAGUUGGUUAAUGUGUUGUUGCGAAAAGCUGCCUUCCAAGCACCAUGUUGCUCCUCAAUAUGUCAAGAGUGUUUGAUGUAUCUUUCUUAUCCCGUCUUGGUUGCUGUCCUUUAAACUGGAAGGAACGUACAUAGACUGGCUUAUCGAUCCCCGGCAAACUGAAACCCAGCUUACAAGGGAAGUCAGGAAAGGAACCAGCCGGUUUAAGCUCCCUCCUGCCCGUCGACAAUCACAAUGCCGCAAUCAUCAACUUCCACUGUCUCCUCUUUUCGUCCUCCUCUCGCUCUCUCAAGCUCUAUCACACAACGUCCGUUGAGCAUGCCCGGAAGCCUCUCAUAUCAUGUCUCCAAAACACCAGCCCCCAACUCAGAAUUAAACAUCGAAGGUGCUAAAGCCUGAAGUAUUAACUCAGGCAAAGC